GAAUUUGUUUUUUGAUCAGAGUCUGUUUUGAUUGGCUUCACGGGGGCUCUGUGAUGGAGCGAGCUGAUUGGCCGGCCUGCUAGGUAUUUGCGUAAACAAGUGAGACUUCCUUAUUCUGCCUGAAUCAGGAUUGUUGUGUUUCCUGUUCCCCUGAGAACAGGUUUGCGGACGGCGUUCUGACUGACGGUGGGUGUGACGCUCGUUCAGACUCGUUGUUUCCUGUUAGCAGCGCGGCGUUGGAUCAGUGUUUUGACCUUUGUCCUGGUUGUGUCGGUGUUGUGUUACAGCGACACUGACUGUGUCUUUGUCCUUAAAGUUCCACUUUGGAUCCUUUUAAUCUGGUUUGUCUUUGAGCUGUUCUCUUAGAUUCCUUUCUCGCCGUUUCUGUUUUUUAUCCCGAGGCAGACAUGGGCUCCUUUGAAGGGAUCUGCCCUCAUCGCAGUUUUCCGGUGGAGAUGGAUGAGUGCAUGACAUCGUCCAGCCUGGACUUGGUCUUAUCCUCCUGCGGGGAGUGUAGCGGGCAAAAGGAGAGCGAGACAAGACCACGGGUCCGAGGCUGUGGUCCAGCCCCCGCACCUCGCUUUGCCCCACCGCCCACCUCUACAGGAGCUGGACCAAUUUAUGAACCCGUUCACCUCGACCUCUACAGCAGAGGCUACGCCGGUCCAUCAGACUGGAUCCAGUCAGAACAGGGAAGCUUGGAGUCUCCUCUCCCGCUCAUGUCUGACGGUCCUGGUCCUGGUAUCAGAGAGUGUCCGUGCUGCCUUCCAGCUAAUCCGCUCCGACACCAAGCUCAUUAUCAUCAACACAUCGCUCCAAAACCACCGGCCCAACACCUCCCACAGUCCUGUUUUUCCCUCCCCAGUAACCCUCACAAUGCUCCUCAGCCUCGGUAUGCGGCGCCACCUAGAGACGUGAUGCAUGAAGUGAGCGCGUGUCCCUCCUUCCAGGCUGGUCCAGGAGCAGCCACCAGGGAGAUCAGGAGGACCAUCAGCCUCCCUGAGGAGUGCCGGAAAGUUUUCAUCACGUACUCGGUGGACACAGCUGGAGAGAUCAUCCCCUUCACCAAGUUCCUCACCGAUCAGGGAUUCAAACCCGCUAUUGACAUCUUUGAUAAUCCGAUCCGCAGAAUGGGCAUCACCCGCUGGAUGGACAGCUAUCUGAACGACAAAUCCGUGCUCAUCAUCGUGGUCAUCAGUCCAAAGUACAAGGAGGACGUGGAGGGGGACGGCGAAGAUGAGCACCGGCUGCACACCAAGUACAUCCACAAUCAGAUCCAGCAUGAGUUCAUCCAGCAGGGCUGUCGGAACUUCAGGCUGGUACCGGUACUGUUUCCCAACGCCACCAAGAGACACGUUCCAAGCUGGCUGCAGAACACCAGGAUCUACAGGUGGCCUCAAGACGUCCAGGACCUCCUGCUGCGUCUCCUCAGAGAGGAGCGCUACAUCAUCCCCCAGACGGGAGCCAGCCUGACCCUCAUGGUGCGACCUCUGUGCCAAAACUGAACCAGAUCCAGAGACGCACAGACCUCGAUUCUGAGAAACCACCACUGUGUGGUCAGCAUGAAAAACCUUCACGUGGACCUUCAUCUGCAGAAUCCUUCUGGGACUUCUUUUCUCAACAGAUGUGUCUGUGAAUAAUUUUUAUGUUUAAAAUUUUCUGAACUUUAGGAAAAAAUUACGCUCGGCCUGUGAAAGAGGAACAGGGUUCCUACAGGUUGGAUUCUGUCCACUGUCCCAGCUGUCCUCGUGUGUUAUGUCCUCUUUUUUUUUUUUAAAGGACGGUCAACUUUGAGCUGACGCGUGUUUGCGAGCAGCAGAAUUUGGUGAAGUUCCACGUAUUCAUCCAAAAUACACAACCUUCAGAUCCUUGGGAAUCUUGUAUCCCAGGAUUCCCUUCAGGAUCAAAGUAACAUUGUCCCAAAAUAUUUUUUGAGAAGUCUGGAGAACAUGUAAGGAGUCUGCAUCAACCUUCAACACGGUUCAUUUCCCAGCUGUUUACUUUUAAAACUGGAUGAAAAGGGAAAUUCCUCCUAGAACAAGAGGAAGGUUGUUGUGUUCAACACAUAGAAUGCCGACCCCCCCCCCCAUCCUGUUUCUCUUUUACACACGCGGACAUUCUUCCACUUCACAAGGGCAGUUUCUUGACGGGGUUUUUUUUUUGGGGGGGGGGGGGGGGGGGGGGGGUGCUGUUGUUCAGAUGCAUCUUAACUCAGUUGUUAGAAGUCACACAUAUGAUUGUCCACUAGGUGGCAGCAUAUCCUCAAUAAUGACAAGACUCCAGUGCUCGUUCCCCUCCUCCUCCUCUCCUUCCUUUAAUUUAAUUUAACCUUUGUUUAACCAGGUUACUCCCAUUAUAAUCAAUACUGGUUUGUUAAGAUAUUGAUUUUGGUUACCAGCAAGUUGUUUGUGAAUAAAUAUUCUGGUUUUCCAGUCAGCAGGAAGUGAUUCCAGCUGACAGUUUGUGUUCUGAUUUUAGCUGCAUUCAGAGAUUGCACACCUCCGCCAGGGUCAUAAAGGCCACCUGUUGAACUUUGGGAUGCAGGCCUUUGUGAGGUCAUAAGGGUAAUUCUUGGAAUGUGAGAAUAUUAUAAAUAUUUUUUAUUGAUCUGUUCUGACAAAUUUGCAUAAAUUCAUUCCUCACCCAAAAAAGCAUCUCUAUAAAAACGUGACCUCCUUUUUUGGGGUCAUUGUGCACACAGAUGGGGGCGCUCACAUAACCUCAAACCUCACACUGCCUUUAGGAGUGUGUGAGUGAAUAAUUCACACGCCCACACACCGUCUCACCGCCGGCUGCAGGUCUGUGCAUUUGUGGACGUGCACGCUGCAGCCGUGCACGGACCAGCCCGCUCCUGUCCGGCUGUUUGCCAAACCUGACACAAAGAGUGUUUGCUCACAGCAGCUGGUGUAACGGGAUUCUGUCGCCUCCAAUUUUUUAUCAGCUCCGGCACGGUGCUGCGUUCUGUAAACAGCCGGGCCGCCAGAACCAAUAAAUCCAGUGUUUGUUAUUGUUCCAGGACUCACACGCUGCUCCAGUACGGCCUUAUCUGGUCAGUCCACACCGGCAGACAGUGCAGGCUACUCUCACUCCAAUGUCAGUCAAACCGGUCAUGUGGCAGCGCCACCAAGAACAAAAAGAGUUUGAUAAACGUUUUCAUGAAAUAUGAAUCCAGCAGAGUUGAAUGCUACGAUGUCCACAUACUUACAGACUGCAGUAUUUGGACAUCAGCGCACCUGGUGUGAGAUUUCAUAGACGUUUAUGAUUAUUUCAUCUCUGACAGCACAGUCGCUAGGCAACUAAUGUUCUAAUUAUCUUUGAUUCAAAGCCAUCAACAGCUUCAAAGAUGAAACAGCGAGAUUAAAGUCAACUUUAAUCCUCACCGAGCUUUGUUUUAGUUUUGGUUGUUUAACAUUUUCUAAGUAUUUGGACAUUCUGGACAGGAAGGAAGUAAGUAUGGAAGGAAGUGGGGCUUUUAAUUUGGAAGGUCCAUAAAUAUUUGGACAUCCCCGUCCCAUCCCUGUCUUCAUAAUGAAAUGGUUGCCACAGACACUGUUGCUAAGCAACAGGCCAGUUAGCAUUUGGCGGACAUCUGACGUUUACAUGUAAGAUUACAACAAACGCUUCCUGAUCCCAGAAUGUGAUGCCGGUUUAAAUAAUGUGCUGUGCUUCCUGUUUGGGUUUGUUAAAGUCCACGUUUCCCUCCCCGAUCUCAUGGACGAUGUCUUUUCUUUCUGAUGUUUUGACUCUGAUUCUGAGGUUCUGUCGGAUCUUCAGAACAAAUGUUUAAUUCCUGCGUGUUUGCUUCCUCUGUGAUGUAACUGGAUGGCGUUUAAGGAAAAUAAUCACAGAAUCACUUCUGGUAUGAAUAAAAAUUAAUUCUUCAUGAUUGUUUAGAAAUAAAGCAAAUGAACUGGUGAUGCGAAUAAAUGCACAUUUUCUACUUUUUAAUAAAAAAAAUAAAUA